AUGCACUUCUCCAAGACUUACACUCAACUACUUCUCACACUUCCUCCAGACCUCAGAGAGAGCGCCAUCCAGUACCGUCAGCUCAAGAAGAUAAUCAACCAGAUUGUCGCAGAGCUUACCUCGCUCGGGCUCUCCCCGGACCUUCUGCACGGGAUCAUACAGCAACCGCCUUCUCAAGGGCUCGAUAAGGGAAAGCAAAGGGAGCGUUCCCUCACCGACUUCCCUUCGCCCCAAGCAUCUUCGGAGCCGCCUUUGCAUUCCUCGAGUCCUCGCGUCAUCUACGAGCUUGCUGAUGUCGUCGACCACGUCGAACCUCGCCUCCACCUCUAUCUCGACAACUAUGGGAACCAGGAGACAAUAUUACCGCCUGACGUCCUAUCCCAGGCCCUGGGCUUCACGACAUCCUGCCCAACACCACUACCUAGUCACCAAUAUGCCGCUUCCUCCUCAUCCACUGUACCCUCCGACUCUCUGGCAUCAUCUGAUAUUGGCGACCACUUGACGACGAAAGGUUUCUCCAAUGUUCCCCAAGAGCUCAUCAUCCCGCUCGUAUCUGAUACUGUUUUCUUCCGGACGCUCUCUGAAGCUCUCGAGUCUCUAUCCGCGUAUCUAGUCACCAGGAAGGCCGAAUUCGAAGCGACUCUGCAAGCGCUCUCUCACGAAAUCUCUUCUGCGUCGCACCCAUCUUCCUCCACUUCCGCAUUUCACCCAUAUUCUCCGUUCUCAUCCGACCCAGCGACCAUCAAUGUCUCUUCUGGUACUCUUGUAACCCAAUCAAAGUCUGAUCUUGAGACUUGGAGGGAGAUCUUCCGCAUGUACGUCGAGGCAGACAUUUUUCAGGGUCACCAGGAGCGUUUUCGGGGCGAACGCGACACGGACGAUGCCGCUGCUAGAUUCUUUGCGUUCUCGUCCCAAUUGCACGAACGUCUGUCUGAGGGAGACCUAAAGCUCAAACUCAAGCGGAGUAAAAUCGCGCUGCGUACGUUCUUGGAGCUCAACACGUUCAUCUUGAACUUGAGAAAGUUCCAGGACGUCACUGCCGAGGCAACGCGGAAGAUCCUCAAGAAGCAUGCAAAGCGCACUGCUCUUCCCCUGGCUCCUGACCUGGCUUCCCCCUUUAUUAUCGUCCCAGAGGCUCGAGAUCGCGCUCUCGUCCUCUCGCGACCGGUCUCUCGGGGCGCUAGCUCUCUCUCCCUCUCGCUGCUUCUCGUUCAGGCCCUGACCGAAACAUUGUUGCCUAUCAUUCCGCAUAUCGAUGACUACUCGUGCGUCAUAUGCACAAGCCUCGCUUUUAAGCCGAUACGUCUUCGUUGUAGCCACUUGUUCUGUGUAAGGUGUCUGGUGAAGUUGCAGAAGCGAGGAGAGCAACACUGCCCCAUGUGCCGUGCACCAACCGUGCUGUCUGCGGAUCGCUCAAAUGUUGACUGGGCUCUUCUGAAUUUUAUGAAGGAUUGGUUUCCUAGUGAAGCUCGCAAGAAGUUGCAGCAGAAUGAACGUGAGGCGGCCGAAGAGGAGUUAAGGGAGCUGGGUUUAGAAUUCAGAGGAUGCAUUGUGGUGUGAUAUGAGUAUUUUGAUAUAUGCUUCGAUGCA